UUUAAAUCGAUUCACUUUUAUUGUAGAACACAUGACUGAGAAAUAGAGAAAUGUGAGAUUGAUGAAAUCGAACGGUCAGAAAACUACUGCCAGCUUUACUUAUUCAGCUUCCAGAUCAAGCCACGUGGCUAAAUUACAUCUUGACUCCUCUCAUAUUCACGGACACGUGUUCCCAACCUCUACUUAAUUCAUAUACUAGUCUUGUCCAAAACACAAACAGAGAAAGCUAAGAAAAACUCAAAAGGCGGUGGUGAGAGUGUGAUUAAAAAAACAAUUCAACUGCAAAAAUGAGUUCCGGUAUCGGAAGUUUAGCGAAAGUCAUCUUUAAGAACUUCGAUGUCAUCGCUGGACCUGUGAUUAGCUUGGUUUAUCCUCUAUAUGCAUCAGUGAGGGCAAUAGAGUCGAGGAGUCAUGGGGACGACAAACAAUGGUUGACGUAUUGGGCUCUCUACUCACUUAUCAAACUCUUUGAGCUCACUUUCUACGGACUCAUUGAAUGGAUCCCAUUAUAUCCAUACGCCAAGCUAGCCCUAACUAGUUGGUUGGUCUUACCGGGCAUGAGCGGCGCUGCUUAUCUCUACGAGCACUAUGUGCGUUCAUUCCUUUUAAGCCCACAUACUGUUAACGUAUGGUACGUGCCAGCCAAGAAGGAUGACGAUUUAGGAGCAGCCGCUGGCAAAUUUACUCCGGUAAAUGAUUCCGGUGCGCCUCAGGAAAAGAUUGUGAGCUCGGUGGAUACAUCAGCCAAAUAUGUUGGUCACUCUGCUUUCGAUGACACCUAUAGCUACUAGUAAACUACUACAUGCUGGUUGUAGCUGAAUAUCGUUUACCGAUCUUAGUGUAUCGUAUACUUGUUUUUUUCUUUUUCUUUUUUUGUUUUCGGGUUUUAUGAAGUUUGUUGUCACUGCUAAGAAAUUUCAAUAUCAAAAUAAAAGUUAAUGAGUGAGUGAUUUAUUGUUAUGUAA